AAGAGUAGUCCGGGCUCUGCUGACGUUGAAGGUUAAAAGCUUCAAGUUGCAGUCUGAGCGGUUCUCUGCCGGAAGACGACCGAGAGUCAUUCCUGCCGUUAAAGUGGGAUGCAGACAGUUGGAAAACUCAUGAAGGUUUUCAUAACGAGGCGCAUCCCGCAAGAGGGGAUGAAGAUCCUGUCAGCGGCUGGAGUGUGUGAGGUGUCUCAGUGGGAUUCCGAUGAACCCGUGUCCAGGGCAGAGCUUCUCAACGGUGUUCAGGGGGCUCACGGUCUUCUGUGUCUGCUGUCAGACAAGAUCGAUGUCGAGGUCCUGGAGGCCGCAGGGCCAAACCUGAAAGUGAUCAGCACCCUGUCUGUGGGAUUUGACCACCUUGCCCUUGAUGAAAUCAAAAAGCGUGGCAUUCGUGUUGGAUACACUCCGGAUGUCCUGACCGAUGCCACAGCAGAGCUGACUGUGGCUCUGCUGCUGGCCACCGCUCGCAGAUUACCGGAGGGAGUGGAGGAGGUGAAAAAUGGUGGCUGGAGCUCGUGGAAACCACUCUGGCUGUGUGGUUAUGGCCUUUCUGGCAGCACUGUGGGAGUCAUUGGACUGGGACGCAUAGGUAUGGCCAUAGCUCAGAGACUCAUGCCAUUCGGAGUGAAGAGGCUUCUGUACUCUGGGAGAACAGCCAAACCCCAUGCUGCUGAAGUCAAUGGAGAGUUCGUUCCUCUGGACACACUUGUGUCUGAGAGCGACUUCAUAGUAGUUUCCUGCUCCCUGACACCAGAAACCCAGGGAAUGUGUGACAAGGCUUUCUUCAGCAAGAUGAAACCCACAGCAGUCUUCAUCAACACUAGCAGGGGGGCUGUGGUGAACCAGGAGGAUCUGUACGAGGCACUGACCAGUGGUCAGAUAGCUGCAGCUGGACUGGAUGUCACAACACCUGAGCCACUUCCAACAAACCACCCGCUUCUCACACUAAAGAACUGCGUGGUGUUACCUCACAUCGGCAGUGCCACCUACUCCACGAGAGGCGUCAUGUCAGCCUUGGCGGCGCGAAACCUUCUGGGUGGUUUACAGGGCACAGAGAUGCCCAGUGAACUCACCCUGUAGAGCCUGAAAUGGAACCGCUGAGCCUGUUCUGGUGACAGUAGAAACAAUAACGAAGUGGUGUGGAGGAAAAGAAUAGCAAGAAUGUAGUUCAGUCAUGGUGAGGUACAUGAUCAGUGUUAGCUUCAUACUUUAACUGGAACCUGUCACUUUUAACACUUUGUUAUAUUUAGUGUGCAUUUUUGAGGAAGGAAAUGAUCAGUGCAGUUUUACAAGAUAUAUUCAAAUUCUUUAAAAACAGCCUAAUGAACAAACCAUCAGUACUCUUUAACCUUAAAUCUUAAUAAAACACACUAUAAUGCUGUCUUCCACAUGGAAACUCAUCUCUCCCAUUUUUAAAUGCAAUAUUUGACAUCAUGUACUUCCUUACCUGCACUUUCUCUGCUAAUACUUCGUCUACUGUUACUGAACGGCAUAACACUCCAGUUUUCUAUGAAAUGUGAUUUUUUUUUUUUUUUUUUUUUUUUUUUU